AUGGAGCUUAAUACCAGACCUGAGCGAAAUCCUCAGGCGCAGGGUGGAAGUCUUCGAUCUAGGAUGCCAGUGACAGAUCUCACGCCAAUAUUUUCCUACGAAGCGCCUCUUCUAUUACCAAGUAUUAAACUCAGCGAGUGGCAUCGGCAAGAUAACGAAUUCAUACAAGCUACUAGUGAUACCCUGGUUACACCAUCAGAACUACUUCGUCGCGAGCUUCAGAAAUCGUUAGAGUUAGUGAGUCAGCUGAAAAAAUAUACGACCGAUCCAUAUUAUUCUAUUCGUCACGACUUCACUUCUGGACACCAGACCUAUUCCAGUGGCGCAACAGAUUACACCGUGAAGGCUCUGGUAGGCCCAAACCAAGUUCAGAUCGACGCGCUGCCUGAUACUGGCGCGAAACGCAACUUCGUUUCUCAGCAACUUGUCGAGUCGCUUGGACUAGUGCCCAAGGACCGUACGAAAGCGAUAUUCCGACUGCCCUCUGGGGCAACAAUUAGAUCGUGUGGUACGGUAGAUGUUCCUUUUACUUUCUUGGGGGAAUCAGAGCAUCAUUUGCUUGACUGUUGCAUCCUCCCAAAGUGCACUCAGGACCUCAUCCUGAGUCAGACCUUUCUCAAAGCUACAGGUACUCUGACCAAGUUCGCCCAUCGAAUCACAAAGUCGCUGAGGGAGUUUGCCCCUCGAUUCAGAUUUAAUCUUAUCGAAGAUGAUACCUGUUGUCUACAGGGAAGCUUUGAUGAUAUACCCUCAAUUGCUCUUGCGGACACAGGCUGCGACGCAAUGCUCAUAUCAGCAGACUUUGCUAGGCGGCACUCCCUGGAGAUUGAUAAGGGGGUUGAGCACAGGCACCUCGUCGAGUAUGCCGAUGGGUCUCUGGAUACCACUACUGGUAUUAUUCGUGACUCUAAUUGGCAGUUCCGAAGUUCGAGGAUUAAGAUUCCUUGUGACUUUUAUGUGCUCGAUGACCUCAAAGCAGAUAUCGUAUUGAGCAGUCAUUUCAUUUUCCAGCACGAAAUAUUUUCGCAAUUUGAGAGGGACAUCAUUGAUAUGAGUCUUAUUCCUGAACGAGACUUCGGAGACCUCUACAAUAUUCGAUUGAUCAGUCACUAUAGCCCCGCGCUACGGUCGCUUGAGGCGUCUUCCAUCGCUGACAUGAAUUCACCCGGUUCGUUUAGCCCGGGGGCAAUCAAAGCUGAGAGGGUUCGACGCGACCAGAUUCGGGAUGCGAUCAACGCUCUUCCUCUGGACCAGCAGGAUCAGGCUCACAUUGAUGAAAGGAACAGGCAAGAGAUCUGGGACGGCUACCGGAAGAGACACGUAGAAACACAAGAGGAGGAUACAGAUUCAACUAAGCAGGUCCUAGUGGCUCAAAAAGAACGCUGGUGGGAGAAAGGACUGGUGUGGAGACGGUUUGGAAGGAAAGCAACCUAG